AUGGUUGAAGUGUCAUUGACGGUUGGUAAGCUUGAUGCUUCCUUAGCCUUACUUUUAACAAAAGAUCACCAUUUAAUAGAAUUUCCAACCAUAUUAUUACCAAAUGGUGUUAAAGCAGGAUCAAUAAUCAAAAUUAAAUGUGAUCAAGAUUUUGAAACGGAAAAGGAAGAACAGAAGAAAUUUCAAGAAAUCCAGGAUGAAAUAUUGUCUACAUUUGGCAAAAACUUACCUAAAUCUCCAAAUUUAAAGAUCAAAAACGUUACUCAAACUUCAUGUGUUUUAGAAUGGGAUCAAUUGGAAUUGGGUACUUCUAAUUUGAAGAAUUUGAUUUUAUUUAAAGAUGGGAAAAAAUUAGGAGUUAUUCCUCAACCUUUAACUAAUAAAACAACUAAAUUAUCUGGUUUACCAAUUGAUAAAACUUUCCAAUUCCAAUUGAGAUUAGAUACCACAGCCGGGGUUUAUCUGUCUGAUAUAAUUGAAGUAACCACUCAUAAAAUGACUGAUUUAUCCGGUAUCACGGUUUGUCUUGGUGAAAUUGCACCAAAUGAUCCUUUCACUGUUGAUGAUAUACAAGAUACUUUGAAAAAUAUGGGUGCUCAUUAUCCUGCUCAAACUUCUGUAAAAGUUGACACAACACAUUUCAUAUGUACAAGAGAAAGUAAACAAGAUUUAGAAUAUUUGAAAGCUUCAGAUAUGAAUAUUCCAAUAAUCAGACCUGAGUGGUUAAAGGCUUGUGAAAGGGAAAGAAGAAUUGUUGGUGUUCGUGACUUUUAUGUUAAAGAUUGUGUUCUACCUGACAUUUUUGCUAAAAAUUACUGGAGUAAGAACUCUACCGCAGCCACUAAUAAUUCAGGUCCUACUGAAGCUGACGCUGCCACAAAAGAGGAAGAACCACAACCUGAAGAGACCUCUGUUCCACGAAUUGAAGUACCUGUCGAAGAGCCAUCCACCCAGGAAACUCAAGAACCAGCCACUCAAGCAACAGAAGCAUCUACUCAAGCUCAAGAGCCAUCUUCUCAACCUACUGAAGAUUCAACUCCUGGUAUAGUUGAAGAAAAACCUAUCGAGUCUGCUGAACCUUCAACACAAGAACCAAAGUCUAAUGAAGAUUCCGAAAGUAAAGAGUUACCUGAUACUCCGAAAGAAAACGAAGAAGCAAAUAAUGAAGAGUUCGAUGAUGUUUCGAUUAAUGAGCCACCUAAGAUCAUAGAACCUGAAUCAACUGAACAACCUGAAUCAACUGAACAACCUGAAUCAACUGAACAACCUGAAUCAACUGAACAACCUGAAUCCACUGAGCAACCUGAAUCAACUGAACAACCUGAAUCAAUUGAACAACCUGAAUCAAUUGAACAACCUGAAUCUCAAGUACCAUUUGAAAAUCCCCAAGAUUUAGCUGAAAAAGUCAAAUCCAUAACAGAAGAUACCAAGCAAGAAGCUUUAUCUCCAGUUAUGAAAAGUUCAAAAGCAAAAGCAGUUGAAGAAUCCGAUUCUGUAUCUAAGAAAGCAAUGAAUGAAGCUAAAGACAGUGAACUUCUUUCUGUAAAUGGUUCAGGAAUUGAUCCAUCCAAAGCUGAUCAACCGGCUGAAGAUUCUACAAUUGCAUUGGAUCGUGAAGUAUCUACUGGAAAUAUUAAAUUGGACGACCCAGUCGCUGAUUUGGAAAUAGGAACAAAUGAAGCAGACGCUGAUGAUCAAGAAGAAGAAACCGACGAAAGCAAAACCGAUGGAUCUGUUCCAUCAACACCAGCAUCUAAUAACGGUGGGAACAGUAAUAAAAAAAAUAAAAAGAAGAAUAAUAAAAAGAAGGGGAAAAAAAAUUAA